AUGGGUGCAAACCAAUCUACGCCAAAGAUUACAGCUCAGGACCGUGCAGUCCUCGAUCUCAAACUACAGCGCGAUAAACUUAGGCAAUAUCAGAAGCAGAUUCAGUUCAUCCUCCAACGUGAACAUGACAUUGCCAAGAGUCACCUAGCUGCAGGAAAUAAGGACCGUGCUCUCAUCGCCCUCCGACGUCGCAAAUUUCAGCAGAGCCUACUGCUUAAGACCGACGGCCAGCUAGAAACCCUGGAAGAGCUGGCGAGUGAUUGGCCUACUUAUCACCGCAACCCAACUCAUGCGCCACAGGUAUCGACCAUCGAAUUCUCCCUCGUAGAGGUGUCUGUUUUGCACGGACUCCAACAGGGAAACGAUGUCCUGAAGCAGAUUCACAAAGAAAUGAGCAUCGAGGCGGUGGAGAAACUAAUGGAUGAAACACAAGAGGCGAGAGAGUAUCAGAAGGAAAUUGGUGAUUUACUUGCCAACAACCUGACGGCGGACGAAGAAGAUGCUGUUCAAGAAGAAUUACGCCAACUGGCUGCUGAAGCAGAGGGCACAAUCGAAUUGCCUGCUGCCCCAACCCACGAUCCCAUUCCGGACAAACCCGAACAAAUUCUGGCAAGCGUGAACAAGGACAGAGUACCCAUAGCUGCAUGA